CUUCUUCCUGCUUUUCCUGUCUUCUUCUCUGGUGUGUUCUUUCGCUGCGCUCUCUCUCCUGUUGCCUUUCUCGUUUCUCCGGCCGUCGUUUUUCCCUCGCCUUUCUUCUUCGUUGUCGCCAUUAUUUCUUUCUUCGUCAUUCUCUGCUCUUUCUUAUCCGUCUCUCCUUUUCUUGUCUCGCCCUAGUCCCUCUCCACUCCUUCCGCGGCAAUGGCGGCGCCUGCAGCCUUUCCGCUGUCGCUGCUCUCCAGAGAAGCGAAUCGACAGUCUCCUUCCUGCGCCUCUCCUAAUCUUCCCUCGCCCACCUCUGUCUCCUCGCAUUCCUCAGAAGGCCCCGCAGCCUCCUCUCAGGAGAAACCAUGGCCUCUUUCCUGCCUGCCUCUCUUCCUCACAGAGAACCCCCUCUUCAAUGCGGGAUUCGGCCUCGCGGUUCUAGGCACAGGCGCGGCGCUUGCUCGUCGGAGUUGGCAGACGGUCCAGGCAGUGGCCAGGCGGCAACUCUUCACUUCUCUCGAAAUUCCUGUCAGAGAUCCUGCCUAUCCUUGGGUCAUGCAGUGGUUGGUUUCCCGAGGAUGUCUCUCUCACCAUCUGGGCAUCUCGACAGAGUACUGCAAAGACAACGCCGGCAACGUCCGCGCGGUCUUCAACUACAUUCCUAGCCCAGGCCGGCACAUUCUGCGCUACAAGAAUACCCCUUUGGUGAUCGAGAGAACGCGGUCGGGAGAAACGAUGGACUUCCAAACAGGCACACCCUGGGAAACGCUCACUUUGCAAACCUUCGCCUUUCAGCGCCAUGCGAUUCAGGACAUCCUGGAGGAGGCUCGCCGAAACGCUCUCGCGAAGGAAGAGGGGAAAACAGUGAUUUUCAGAAGUGUCGCCUCAGAGUGGCGAAAGUACGGAGAGCCGAAGACAGUCCGUCCUUUUGACUCCGUCGUCUUGGCUGACGGGGUUGCAGAGCAAGUUUAUGAGGACGUCGUGAGCUUCCUGAAGUCUUCACAGUGGUACCUUCAGAGGGGCAUUCCCUAUCGACGCGGUUAUCUCCUUCACGGUCCGCCAGGGUGUGGAAAGAGCAGCUUUGUCAUGGCGAUCGCGGGGAAACUCAAGUACAACAUUUGCGUCAUGAACGUGGCAGAUCCUCUCAUGACGGACGACCGUUUUCAAUACCUUCUCGCGACUGUGCCACCGCAGUCGCUCUUGCUUCUUGAAGACAUCGACGGAGCGAUCCAGAAAUCCGAGUCCGCCCUUGGGGUUGCGGCCGAAGACCGGAAAGGCGCAAAUCCGUACGGCAUGCGUGGCGUCACCUUCAGUGGCCUCCUGAAUGCUCUCGAUGGGAUCGUGGCAACGGAAGAGCGCGUGACCAUCAUGACAACAAAUCACCCUGAAAGACUCCCAGAUUCCCUCAUUCGUCCUGGUCGUGUCGACAUCAAAGUCAGAAUUGGAUACGCGACGCGACCUCAGCUUCGGAGACAGUUUCUCCGGUUUUUCCCUGGAGAGGACGCGGCAGCGGACAAGUUCGAAGCUAUUAUGAGUGGCAUUCAGCUGUCUAUGGCGGAACUCCAAGGGUUCUUUUUGUUCUGCAAAGACAACGUGGACCAGGCUUUGGCAAUGGCCGAGUCGUGGAGAAAAGCGGACCAGGAGGCCCGUGCAGCGGUGAUGCGAGAGCGAGAAGCGGCAAACACAAAAACUAACACGGCUAGUUCAGAGCAAAAGGAACCGGAAAAGCUCGCAGUUCAGCAGAAACACUCCUCCACAGGGAAUACAGAGAGUGGCAGUUCACAGUCUGGUCACUGCGAGAAGCAGAGUGCGUCCUGAUGAUAUUAGCUAACGUGCCCAGAGAUCCGGGACUGAGCCGUGCAGGGAAGAGGAUGAAUCAACACAAUCUUUUUUCCAGUUGGUCAAUGCCCCUGAGUUCCCUCUUCAUUACUGGCACUGAAUUGUGCCACCACAGUGUUACUCGAAAGCAACACCACCCUAGCGUGGUGAUUACAGGAAGUAACUCUACGCUAGGGUUUCGAAUGCGAUGGCAAAAGUCAUUGAAACGGAUGGCAAUUACGAAACGAAAACCAAUUCCACGCGGCAAUGUGAAUUGUGAAUUACGAGAGAUUCCUUGACCGAGAAGCAUAUAACGGGGUAAACAAUACCAGUGGACGUAAAGGUAGGAACACGACUUUAUACCAAAAGGUGCUGUAGUGGUUGAGGUGCCACAUUCGAGGCCAUAUAGGUCGCGUCAGAAACAGUAGAUGUGGCAAACUGACGGCUCGGAUGACUGCGGCUGUUUCUGUGCUUUUGGGACACAGAACGGGAUUUUAGCUUAUGAUAAGGUACCGUCUCUGACAGCACGACGGGGGUCAUCCAAUCUGGAGCACAGAGCGUGAGGAACCCGGUCUUGCAAAUGACGCUGGCAUUGUGGCUCCCAUACAAGAAAUAUUUUCGGGAAGCCCAGGUUUUUGUACAUUCAUGAGUCAGUUGUUGUGUUUACGUGUUCCGUCACCUGUUUUUAUUCCGUCAUGUUUUCCCGUAACCGAGUCCCCAGGCUACUGUCCAUGUCACUGGCUAGAUUUGUCUGCGAUUCUCGACUGUCUGUUUGUCGGUCCACCUGCAGCAAACUGCCAUAGUUAUUUUAUCUCGUUCCUUUUGAAGACUGCGAAGGAAACAUAACACUUCUCCCUGACGCUGCACAUACCCCAGCGUCUCAAAAAAGGAUAGGCUUGUCCAUUCAUAACGCACCAUUUAAUUUGCUUCAA